CUUGAAUGUAGAUACCUGUGACACACACGAGCGGUGAGGCUCGGCAGAAUUGGUAGCUGUCGCGACUGGGCGACGGCAACAACCAGAGGAUCAAGAGCCAUUAGAAGUUCAACCUUGUCUUGCAUUCCUACUACUUUCAAUUUAAGCGUCCUUGUUACAAAGCUAUACCAACCUCAAAAUACCUCAUCUUCAGACAUCAUCACAAUAGUCAAACAUUACGCAGUUCCAAGAUGUCUGCACCUACAGAAGCUCAGAUAGCACAUCAGGCGCUCAUAGAUGAGCUUGAUAUUCAUUCCAUCCAUAAGAGCUACCGCAACGCGCACUGGCGGCCCAACCAACGUCGCAACAAGAAUAUCAAGACCAUCAUCGGCGACGCUUCUCGCAAAGAAGCAUCUAUGGCUGUGACACCACAGGACAACAGCGGCACCGCCACCCCAAUGCAGAUCGAUGAGAAUGGGCUGUCUACAAGUGGUACAUCUACACCCACGCAGUCCGCCAACGGCUCCAACCUGCAACCUAAUCUAGCACAAGCGUCACGGAGUCUGUCGAAGCUGGUGCUAGAAAAGAGUUUGCGACCAAAUGCCAGUGGCGCAAACUCGACAGCACCAACUGUUACGUACACCAACAUCGAAUCAGCGCCGUCACUCGCACACACCAGGCGGUAUUGCGAUAUCACAGGUCUCCCGGCACCCUAUCUAGACCCCAAGAGUAGACUACGAUAUCAUGACAAAGAGGUAUUCGGCUUUAUCCGCAGUUUACCUCAUGGCUCAGCGGAAUUCUACUUGGAGGCUCGCGGCGCGCACACUGUCCUCAAAUGAAGCAACCUUCUCCGAAAUCUGGAUUUUGCAGCAAAAUUGCAAGCGUUUCUGUUAACACAUGAUAUUGUACUACUGCGUCUAUUAUUGUAAAACCAUGACUAGCUUAAUUUGGUACCGUGGCAUAUGACUGCUGGUACAAUUCCCGAGGUGAAUUGGUCAAUAACAUCGAGGAGGCCUCGGUGGGAAAAUGUUCGACCAACAAAGUCAAGCCUAUCCUACGCACCAAUCGCCUUUCAGCGACUGGAUGACAGGCAUACGCUCCGGCUUAAUCGUGAUCAGGAAAAAUAUUUGUUCUCUGCCUGUAACUGACGGAUACCGAGAGCGAAUGGGAGAGUCGCUCUCAGUGACCCAAGCUUUUGAUCGCUUAGGACGCCGCGGCAGUGAUAUGAGAAGGGAUGGACAAGUGAGAAUGUGUUGUCGUUUGUAAAUAGAAGGGCGUUGCAUCUACGUAGCCUACCUAGGUAUUCCAAUCCAACUGGGCUGCUCACGAAUUUCAGCAGCACAUCCCGAUCAGCAUUCUUGAAGGUUUUGUAGUCAAGGUAGACUCUGACCAUGGACACCUUAUGCGCAUGUAAUGAAAAGUUUGACGAUCUGGCAGAUAUUCGCGAUUCCAAAUUGCCAUCUUGAAUAUUAUGAAGAUCAAAAGGAAGAAACUUAGUCGAGACUUAACAGGUGAAGAAAAAUG